GUCUGAUCAGCUGAAGAGUAUGAGCCUCAGUACAGUUUAGGACUCAUCAUGUGGCUAACCUCAAGUAGCACUAUUGAAACAGAAAUGCAUUCAGUGAGAAAAGUCUGAGGAAAUCCAAAUGUGUGUUAAAUUAUAAGCUCUUACUCAGAGAGGAAAUCUGAUCUGCUGCAGCACGGAAACAUCAGCAAUGGCAUGAUGAGAAAAAUUCCUUAGGGAGCUGCCUGUUUUGAAGCCAAGUGUUCAUGACAUGAUCCAGCUGACUUACAGGGAUCAACAACCCACUUGUGAAUAAUGGUUAAAAACGGAUCCCACCUGGACGCUUUGACGCUGGCAAUGCUCCAGAAUAAAACUGUCUCCAUCACCCUCCCAGUUGUGUAUACAGUGGUGGCUCUGAUCAGCAUCCCUGGCAACUUGUUCUCCCUUUGGGUGCUCUGCUGGCACAUCAAACCCAAAACACCUUCUGUUAUCUUCAUGAUCAACCUAAGCAUCACGGACCUCAUGCUGGCCAGCUGCUUUCCCUUCCAGAUUUCUUAUCACUUCCAAAGCAAUCACUGGACCUUUGGCAAGACUCUUUGCAGCCUUGUGACUGUGAUGUUCUACUCCAACAUGUAUUCUUCCAUACUGACCAUGACCUUCAUCAGCAUUGAGCGGUACAUGGGUGUGGUAUACCCGAUGAAGUUGAUCAAGUGGAGAAGAAAAAGAUAUGCCUUUGCUGCCUGUCUAGCUAUGUGGAUUUUCUUGCUACUAGCCUUCUACCCAUUAGAAAGCACAGAUUUGACCUAUGAAGUGAAAGAAUUGGGGAUUAUAACCUGUUUUGAUGUCCUAAAAUGGGAUAUGCUGCCCAACUUUGCAGCCUGGGUAGCUUUUCUCCUCACCCUAUUUGUCCUGCUCUUCCUGAUCCCUUUCAUUGUAACAGUUGGAUGCUAUAUUGGCAUCAUUCGGAAGCUAAUUCAGACAUCAAACAGAUAUGGUAACAGGCAGAAGACUAGAUCCAUCUACCUGGCGACAAUUGUCCUACUGGUGUUCAUCACUUGCUUUGCCCCCAACAACUUUAUCCUAAUUGCACAUGUGAUCAUCCGCCUAUUUUACAAGAGCAGUUUGUAUCCUGCCUACAAGCUCACCUUGUGCCUCAGUUGCUUCAACAACUGCAUAGAUCCCUUCAUUUAUUAUUUUGCAUCCAAAGAAUUUUACCAGAAAUUCAUGCAAUUGUUUUGCCCUAAGGUACUGCUCAGCGACAGCUUAGAAAACAGAAGAGAAAGUUUAUUCUCCGGCAGGACCAUGUCAGCCAGGUCAAUGUCAAGUGGACCUCUGGACGGGUUAGAGGGAGUAAAAGUCUAUUUGCAAAGGCAGGAAAGUGUUUUUUAGUUUUAGACAUCCCUGGAAGAAAGACACCUGUGAGAUUCAUGAGUUAACAAAGAAGAUUGGCUACUCUCAAAAUACCUGGCUUUUGUGACAGAACUCAAUCUAUACUUAUAUUGCACAUCCUACUUCAGUAUUUUCUGGUAAGAAAUGGAAGCGUUAAAGGAACUGAGUUUAUUCAAAAAGGCACUGAAGCAAACCCAACAUUAAUAAUUAGGGGUUGGCUUGGACGUAGCCCUACCACAAGAGACCAAGGGAUAAGUUUAGGAUAAAAGUUACUUUCAAGUUGUAUGAUAGUGUUUAACCAAAGACUCAUGAUUCUCAGUGACUGUGAACUAUUGCUGUACAUGAAUUGGAGCAUACACUGAAGCUGAGUUUGGGGCAAGGGGGUUGUUUUUUUAAGCAACACGCUCGGCUUUGGGUUUGUUGGGGGUUUUUUUGCUUGUUUUGGU